AUGGAAGUGAAUAAUGAUAUUCCCGCGUACCGUUCGGAUAGUGAUGAAUCCGUAGAAGAAACGGUUUUAAAGAAGAAAAGAGGUUGUCAUUCUCUACAACCUUCAGUGUUAAUUUGCGAUGCAGCUAAAGCCAUCCAGAAUGCUUUUACCAAUGUGUUUGGUUCUGAAACUAUAAUCAGGAUGUGUUGGGCUCAUGCGAAAAAAAACAUAAAAACAAAAUUGGAACAAACAGUAGACAAGAAGAAACAGAAUGAUAUACUAGAGGAUAUAGAAUGUUUACAGGCUGCUACUUCUUCCCAAGACUUUGAUAUAGCUUCAGAACUAUUUAUAAAAAAAUGGGAAAACGAGAGAGUAUUCAUUGCUUACUUUAAAGAAGAGUGGUUACUUAAAAACCGUCAUUGGUAUUUAGGUGCAUCGCCUGGUUCUCCAGCCACGAAUAACGCACUGGAAGCCACCAAUAAAGUAAUCAAAGAUACGCAUACGUUGCGAGAACGGAUACCACUAUCGAGAUUUCUGAUUGUUGCUACAACCAUAGUGACUGAAUGGUCACAAAAUAAAGGAAUCGAUUCUUUUGCGACAAGCUAUUCGGUUAAACUUCCAGACUGGACACAGGCUUAUCAGUGGGUUAAGAUGGAUAUAAAAGUGACCAUUUUACAGUCAGAUACUGAUACAAAGACAUAUUUGAUACAAAGUACAAAUAAAAACACGCAAAAACAUAAAUAUGCGUUUAUCGAACGUACAUGGAAAACAUUUGAUCAAUAUAAACAGAUUUAUUUUUCACACUGGAAACUAAUAAUGCCAAAAAAUAGUAAUAUGUGGGCUGACAGCAAAUGUAGUUGCCCGAAAUUUGCAAAAAAAUAUAUGUGUAAACAUGUUAUAGGGCUUGCAAUUCGUCUGAAAUUCGUAACUGUGCCACUGGAGGCCAAAAACAUUCAAAUAGGUCAAAAAAGAAAACGAGGCCGACCAACAAAAGCAAAACGUGCAUUGAUUAUUCAAUAA